AUGUAUACCUAUGAUUACGGCGAUAUCAAAUUGCCGUCCAUGUUAUUCUUGAUUGGAAAGGAGUGGUUCAAAACUUCAAACUUCCUGAAUGGGUGCAUAAAUGAAACAUUCUAUUUAUCAAAAUUACGCCUUGCAUUAGGCAUGUUGCAGCGUCUCGUUAAUAGAGCUAAAAUUGUAAAAUCAAAUGAGAAAGGGCACACC